UUAUAUACACAUGUCAACAAAGCGUAGUACUUAGAUGUGAUAAUUUAAUUUCAUAUACUAUUAUAUAAAUUUGAAAGGAAUGGAUGGUGAAUUCUCGUUUAUGGAUUUUGAUUUGUUAACAGUUGCUAGUAAUGGGUGCUUUUCGGUUGUGAAUUUAGCUCUGGAUAAUAUAGAUAUUUACGAUUUUACAGUCGAUACACAGGAUUCGGAUGGAAACUCAUUGUUACACCAUGUCGCAGGAGCAGGCCAUCUGGAAACUUUGGAAAAACUCAUCUUCCUAUCCGCUUAUCCCAAUAUAUUAAACAAUAAACGAGAGACUCCACUUCACAUAGCUUGCCUAAAUGGACAUUAUUCAAUCGCAGUUCGUCUUUUAAAAUAUGGAGCCAAACUAGAUGUCCUGGAUAUUGAACGAGAAACUCCACUGUUUAAGUCUGUUAGAGGUGGAAACAAAGCUUUAACUCAAUAUUUAAUUACACAAAAAGCUGCAGUAAAUACUUCUAACAGAGCUAAAGAAAAGUUAAUACAUUUGGCCGUGGCUUAUAAUGAUACGAAUCUCGUUGAGGUCUUGAUUGAUAUUGGACAAGAUCCAAAUACUUUAACAGGCUCAGGUGAAGUUCCUAUUCAAAUCGCAAUAAAAAAUUCUAACCUAGAAAUUCUAAAAUUACUUCUGGGAAGAUCCACCACCAAAAGCAUUAAGGAUCAUCGCAACUAUACUCUUCUCCACUUAGCAGUAGAAGCCAAAUCUAAAUCAAUUUGUCAAAUGCUUUUGGCUAACGGACAUGACCUCAAUGCGAGGGACCAUAACGGUUGCACACCUCUUCAUUUGGCUGUUGAAUUAAAUUCUUUGGAAAUGGUAGAAUUGCUUUUAAAACAUCAAGCGGAUGUAAAUCUGGUAGACUUUGACGGUUAUACUCCUUUACACGUAGCCGCCAGGAUAAAAAAUAGUGGGGAAAUAAUAAACUUGUUAUUAAAACAUAAUGCUAAUACUAGGAUUAAGACUGAACAUGGGGAUAUACCUCUACAUAUAGCUGCUGGAGUCGGCAAUAUUAGGGGUUAUAUUGAAUUGUAUAAUAAAAAAGACAGUACCGUCGUUAAUGUUAUGGGACUUACCCCUGAUAGUCUAGCUCAAAGUCAAGGAAAUACUGUUAUUAAUCAACUAAAUAUUGAACUGGACAAGAACAAUAACUCCUAUACUCAAAAAAUUCCCAUUUAUAAGGAGCUAAGAAAGUUAAGAAAGAAAUAGUGUAAUAGUUUUUAAACGUAUUUUAAGUGUUUUUUUUAUUUUUAAAAAAUUUAUUCUUUAAAUAUAUAUUUUUAAAACAAAUAUUUCUCAAAUAAUUAAAAUUCAGAUUUAUCUCUAAUUAAAUUACUUUUACUGAGAAUUAUACCAAAUAACAGAAUUAUACCAGAUACCUAAAAAACGCAUUACCAAAUUUCACAGAUGCUUUAGUUUUGUUAUAAAUAAAUUUAUUUACGCCAUUCGUCAGAGACAAAAAUUUCACUAAACAUUUAAAAGUCAUAAGAACAAGCUUAACUUCGCUCAGAAUGUUAAUUUUGGGACUCUACUCUCUAAAAAAAGUUUACUACUCCUACCCCUCGGCUUUCUCCAAACAACUACCACUCGUAGGAUAGGAAAACGAAAAAAGUCAAUUUACCAGGAAUCUGUAAAAUCUGCCGUAAAAAAUAUUUACAAUAAAAAAUGUAGCUGAGAUAAUUCUUAACAAAAUUGUUUUUAAGCAUAAGUUUUUUUGUAAAAUGGACAGUUCUCUCAGACACAACGCUAGCAACGACUCACUUAUGUCAGCAAAUCACAUGAAAUCAAACGCAC